AUGCUAGACAUCGAGGACAUUCUGGCCACCGAGAAUGAGCUGCGCGAAGUAAUAGAGGAACAUGGCCCAUUCGAUGGCUUGUUAGGAUACUCCCAAGGUGGAUCUAUGGCUGCUCAAAUCGCGAUUCGACUCCUCAUGGAGAAUCCAUACGCCACGCCCCAGGAGUUGCCAAUCAAGUUCCUGAUUCUCAUAAAUAGCGCUGUGCCACCAUUCAUAAUGCCAUUGGAAGGGGAAGAUGUUACGCAUAUACCGAUCGAGGAGGCGCCGAAGCUUCAGAUGCUUUUCGACGUCUUCAAAGCGAAUCCGGCUGACCACCUGGAAAAGGCUCGGCCCGCGACGCUUUCCAAUGGUCGACAGGCUCUUGUGAACAGCACGCACUACAUGACGUUCUUUGAUAAGGACUGGGAUGGCCAUAUUCUUUCCAUGCCUUCGCUGCACAUCACCGGCCUUGGUGAUGCCCCAGAAUACGGCCAGCAACUCUUUGAUAUCGCCGACCCUAGUCAAGCAGAGCGAAUUGGGCAUGUGUUCGGGCACGACUUUCCACGGGGUCUUGAUAUGAACAAAACCAUUGCCAGGGCGAUCAGGGCCAUGGCGGCAAAAGCCCUGUAG